AUGGCAGGUCGAUGGCGGCGCGGCGGCGGCUCGGGCGUUUGGUGCACCCGAGCGGGCGAGCUUUUGGAAUUAAUCUACGAGCAUUACGAGGAGGCGCUCCGCGCGCUGCCGUUGGAGGACAUGCCAGUGCUUGCCCUGCGCCUUCUCGACGCCGGCGUCUGCAUCGGAUUCGCCGACCCCGUUACCAACAUCAUCGCCAACACGCUCUUCUUCCUCCCCGACACCGAGGAGGCUGGCGAGCCCGCGCUUCUCGAACCCGAGCCCAACGGCGCCAAAAAGCGGAAGAGGAAGAGGAAGAAGCUGAAGACGAAGGCCUUCGGGGAGGCAAGGGUGAGGGAGGAGGUCCUCUCCAAGAUCGUCGCAGGCGACGGCCCCUCCUCUCCGCCGGAAGCCCGGACCCUUGCGGAACGCUCGCUGGAGGGCCUCGUCUGCUUCCUGACAUCGUAUUUCCGCCACCUCCCCACCUGUGAGGCCCUGCGCUAUCUCUGUCUGGCUCGGGCCGACCUCCUCGUCGCAGUUCGCCUCAUUCAAGACGAUCGCUGCUAUCGCCACAGCGACGAACUCCAUACCUGCUCAUCACUUGCUGUCAAGACUGCUCUCAAAUGCGCUGCCUGUUCAGCAAUGCUGCACAAUUUUGAUGCCUUUAUCACCAGCUGCUUUGCACUAGCGUCUCAUAUCAAGUUGAUUACCCAGACUUUGUCAGCAAAGCGCCAUUGUCGCCUUACUACUCAAGACAUCUGCGGAUUGUCUGCGGUCCUCAAGAAGCCACUCAAGUUCAAGAGGUCAGACAAAUACACACCCAUGAAUCUUGCUGCUGAACGUUUUCAUGACCGAGAAAUCAAUGCAAGUAUUGAGAAUGUGCCGGGUGAGCUGACGGAGUCACUUCGAGGUGUUCUUAUGGAUAGAAUCCAUGGCCACUAUCUCAAGGUGGUGCCUCGGUUACCGAUGGAAGAAUUUCAGACCUGUCACCACCGUGGCCUUCUAAAGGCAGGCUACUGUUUUGGCCCGUUUAAUACCGUGUCUAACAUAAUUGUCAACACUAUUUGGUACAACACCAACUUCCCUCCGUCCGAAGAAUUCAAGGUGGACAUCAUCUGCACGUUGAGACACGUUGAGUCUCGGUCCCUUAAUGGACUCCUUGCGUUUGUGCGUGCAUGCUUCCCUGAGAUAUCUGAGCAUCAUGCUAUGAUUUAUUUGCUCAAGAGCAAUCUGAAUAUCUGCAAGAUAAUUGAGACAGCAAGACUAGAAGGAUAUGAUACACCAGUCUGUGUGGACAAUGGCUACAAGGAAGCAGCACAUGCGGCAUCUCACCCUGAUCCUGAUGCAUAUUGUGAAUUUGUUGUGCGAUGCUUGCCUAAGGUGCAAUCUACUAUUAGGUCACUUCUGCAAGCUUCUCAUAUACUUUCGUCCAACGAGGUUCUUCAGCUCUCUGAACUACUGUCAUUUCCAAUUGCUAAAGCGCUGGAGCCAAUCAGUGAGCUAACUGAAGAUGCCCUAAAGAUGCUUGCAAAAGAAAAAGAAGAUUUCCUUGUUCAACAAAGUUUCGUCCGUGGAAAGGUCCAAGCAGCAUUGUGGAAUUAUGAGCAAACUAAGGGCUAUCAUUAUGAGCUUGGUAUCAUUUGUGGUGUGAAUGUUAAUGUCGGCGAUGAAACAAAGAUUCUAGAAUCGAAGGGUCAGUACUCACAUGUUAACUUUUGGGCAAGUCCAGAUGAUGGAUCAGGUGCAACAUUAUUUUUUGCAGAAUUUAGUAAUUAUGAAGAUAAUAAUGACAACCAUCAAUUGUUUUGCUUCCCUGCAUCAGAUCUGUCAGCUCAAGUUCGCUGCUGUUAUUGCGAGUGUGAAGGUGUUAGAAUUGUGCAUCCAGUUGCACAUUGUUGGGAGGGUGCAACAGAUUUUGAGAAAAUUGCUUGUGGGGAACACACUAUUUCGAAUCAAGAAAUUAUUAAUCGCAGCAAGCGUCUAGAUAGCCAGGUGGGCAUAUUCGCCCAGGAUGGUCUCUAUCUAGAUCCUGCCCAGAACAAGUUAAUCCAAUCAGUGAACCGUGCUGCAUGGGUGAUGAAUAUUGGUUUAGAUGACGAAAUGAGGAGGAGAAGACCUCAUCCACCACAAGCUUCGAUAGGGAUUAUGACAGGCAAAUCUGAUCUUAAGACAGAGGUAGUGCCUGUAACUAAUUUCAACCAAAAAUGUUACAACCCAGUUGGUAGAAUGAUCCUCGCGAACAAGAACAUGCAAGACCUGAUUGAGAAGUUAAUUAUCAAAUGA